AUGUCUAGCAUCACCAUUCCCUCCCAAUACGGCUACGUCCUUGCUACUGCCCUCACCAGUGUUAUCUACCUUGCCUCUCUCUCCAUCAAGGUUGGUAGCGCUCGUAAGGCCGCAGGUGUUCCCUAUCCCUAUGCAUAUGCUGAGAAGGCUGAAGCAGAGAAGGACCCCAAGAAGAACAUCUUCAACUGCACUCAACGCGCCCAUCAGAACACCCUUGAGUUCUUCCCCAUUUAUAUCACUCUCUUGUUGAUGGGUGGUAUCAGCCAUCCUAUCAUUGCCACCUCCUCCGGUGCUGCCUGGUUGAUCGGCCGUUUCAUCUAUGUCAGUGGUUACACUACCGGUCAACCUGCUAAGCGUAUUCCUGGUGCCGCCGGUCAGCUCAGCUUGUUGGCCAACUUGGCUGCUUCCUUCCAUACCGUCUACCGUCUCCUUGCUUAA